GGUAGCAGCAAGAAGAGAGAGAGAGAGAGUUGGCGCUUAGUUUUUUAUCACCUGCUAUUAGGGGCUCCCGCACCACGGAUAUUGUGGCGUGCCCACGCUAUUUUCCAGGCGUUCGUGUUGCCUCUCAGACGCAUGGCUUGCAGGAAGAGAGAGCUUUUCCUCGGAUUCUUGCUGUUCCUCAGCAUAUUUGGAUCAACCCAUGGUAGGGGGUUCCACAAGCUGAGUCACCCACAUCUGGAGAAAGCAAGCAGCUUCUCCUCAACACCACCACAAGGGUAUGACUACAUCAUUGUGGGUGGAGGCACAGCAGGGUGCCCCUUAGCUGCCACCCUUUCUCAGAGAUACAAAGUUCUGCUGCUAGAGAGGGGUGGCUCCCCCUAUGGCAAUAGAAACAUCUCCUACUUGGAGAACUUCCACAUCUGUCUGGCUGACACCUCUCCCACUUCUCCUUCUCAACCUUUCAUUUCCACCGACGGCGUCAUCAAUGCCCGAGCUAGAGUUUUAGGUGGGGGGACCUGCAUAAAUGCCGGUUUCUACACCAGAGCCAGCCCAAGCUAUGUGAGGGAGGCAGGUUGGAAUGGUGAGCUGGUGAAUGAGUCAUAUCCAUGGAUCGAAAAGAGGAUUGUUCACUGGCCCAAGAUUGCACCAUGGCAAGCCGCACUGAGGAAUGGGUUGAUAGAAGCUGGAGUGUCACCUUUCAAUGGUUACACAUACGAUCAUCUGUAUGGGACUAAGGUUGGUGGCACCAUUUUCAACGAAUACGGAUUCCGAAGCACUGCUGCUGAUCUGCUCACUGCCGGACAUAGAAGGAAUCUCAGGGUCUUGCUUCAUGCCACUGUUCAGAAGAUUAUCUUCGACAUACAAGGGCGGAAGCCCAAGGCGGUCGGAGUCCUCUUCAAGGAUGAGAAUGGCAUGCAACACCAAGCAGUCCUCAAUGAUGGGAGGAGCAGUGAAAUUAUAUUGUCCUCUGGUACAAUUGGAAGCCCUCAGUUGCUACUUCUGAGCGGAAUUGGACCCGAGGAAGAUCUCAAGAAGCUCAACAUUCCGGUGGUCCUCGACAACCAGCACGUCGGAAAAGGCAUGUCAGACAACCCAAUGAAUUCAAUUUUCAUACCCUCCAAGGAGCCCAUGGAGCAGUCCCUGGUGCAGACCGUCGGGAUUACGAAGAUCGGUUCGUUCAUCGAGGCCACCAGCGGGUUCAGCCAAUCACAAGACAGCAUCCGUUGCCACCAUGGGAUCAUGUCAGCUGAGAUUGGGCAACUCUCCACCAUCCCUCCAAAGAAACGAAGCCUGGAAGCAGCCAGAGAGUAUGCCAAGAACAAGGGGAGCCUUCCUCGGGAGGCAUUCCAAGGGGGCUUCAUUCUAGAGAAGAUCGACGGCCCGCUCUCCACCGGCGAACUCAGCCUCAUCGACACAAAUGUGGACAACAACCCCUCUGUCACCUUCAACUACUUCAGCCACCCGGAUGACCUCCGGCGAUGCGUCUACGGGAUCAGGAUGAUCGAGAAGAUUGUGCAGACGAGGCAAUUUGCUAACCUGUCUGAUGACUGUGCCAACUCCAUGGAAAGGUUGCUGAACAUAAGCGUGAAGGCAAACGUGAACUUGAUACCAAAGCACACCAAUGAUACUACAUCAAUCGAGCAGUUCUGCAGGGAUACAGUGAUCACAAUCUGGCACUACCAUGGUGGAUGCCAUGUGGGAAAGGUGGUGGACCAUGACUACCGGGUUCUCGGCAUCACCAGCCUACGGGUGGUCGAUAGCUCGACAUUUGUUAACUCGCCCGGGACUAACCCUCAGGCAACUGUCAUGAUGCUGGGCAGAUACAUGGGAGUGAAGAUACUGAGGGAAAGGUUAGGGAGAGCUGGAGGAGUGUAGCUGUGACUGAUGGCGGUGCGUUUUGUUGCGUUGACAAAAAAAAAGAAAAAGAAAAAGAAGAGAGAGAGAGAGAGAGAGUGUGUGUAUUGCACUAACUUUUACCAGUUUCGUCUUGAAGCAUUCAAAUCAAAAAACAAAA